AUGGAAAAGUUCAGACGAGGAGGUCGAUCCGCGUGUUUGAACUGGCUAAACAAGGUUGUUGAUGUCACAUCCGACAGCACCGAUCUAGUCAGCCUUGAUUCUCAGCUAAAUUCUUCGACUCAAGCAACUUUGGAGGAUGACGACGACGAUGAUUGUGUGAUUCUGGACUGUGAUCCCGACAAGACAGGUGCUGCAGUUGAAUCUAAAGCUGAUGAUGAUGAUAACGACGAGGUGCUUGUAGUUGGGCAAAAGGGUGAGAUAGCGUGUAGAGAUUUCCCUCAUCCCCGACAUUCGUGUGCUAAGUACUCCUUCAACUCAACAGCACAUGAGAGUUACUGCGACAUGGAAUAUUGCCCACCCAACCAGCUCAUGCCACAGUGUCUCCGCCUCAGAGUAUCAUCCGGUUAUCCCAAAACCCUUCGCCGAGGAACAAGAUUGAGAUCCGGCCUUGCUCCAACCGUGUUGCUGCUAAUCACUCAAACGUCAGAGGCAAUAGAGUCAGGCAAUCGACUCCACGGAAUAAUGGGUUGCAUUCAUUGA